AUGGCUGACCCGGCUGCGGGGCCGCCGCCGAGCGAGGGCGAGGAGAGCACGGUGCGCUUCGCCCGCAAAGGCGCCCUCCGGCAGAAGAACGUGCACGAGGUGAAGAACCACAAAUUCACAGCCCGCUUCUUCAAGCAGCCCACCUUCUGCAGCCACUGCACCGACUUCAUCUGGGGCUUCGGGAAGCAAGGAUUCCAGUGCCAAGUCUGCUGUUUUGUCGUGCACAAGCGGUGCCAUGAGUUUGUCACUUUUUCCUGCCCAGGAGCUGACAAGGGUCCAGCCUCCGAUGACCCCCGGAGCAAACACAAGUUCAAGAUCCACACAUACUCCAGCCCCACGUUUUGUGACCACUGUGGGUCACUGUUGUAUGGACUCAUCCACCAGGGGAUGAAAUGUGACACCUGCAUGAUGAACGUCCACAAGCGCUGCGUGAUGAACGUCCCCAGCCUCUGCGGCACAGACCACACGGAGCGCCGCGGCCGCAUCUACAUCCAGGCCCACAUCGAGAGGGAGGUCCUUAUCGUUGUCGUAAGAGAUGCUAAAAACCUUGUACCUAUGGACCCUAAUGGCUUGUCAGAUCCUUACGUGAAACUGAAACUGAUUCCUGAUCCCAAGAGUGAGAGCAAGCAGAAGACCAAAACCAUCAAGUGCUCCCUCAACCCGGAGUGGAACGAGACAUUUAGAUUCCAGCUGAAAGAGUCCGACAAAGACAGAAGACUGUCUGUAGAGAUUUGGGAUUGGGAUCUGACCAGCAGGAAUGACUUCAUGGGAUCUUUAUCGUUUGGGAUUUCUGAACUGCAGAAAGCUGGUGUUGAUGGCUGGUUUAAGUUACUGAGCCAGGAGGAAGGCGAGUACUUCAAUGUACCUGUGCCACCGGAAGGCAGUGAGGGCAAUGAGGAACUGCGGCAGAAAUUUGAGAGGGCCAAGAUCAAUCAGGGGACCAAGACUCCUGAAGAAAAGACGACUAACACCAUAUCCAAAUUUGACAACAACGGGAACAGGGACCGGAUGAAACUGACCGAUUUUAACUUCCUGAUGGUGCUUGGAAAAGGCAGCUUUGGCAAGGUCAUGCUCUCAGAGCGGAAGGGCACAGAUGAGCUGUAUGCCGUGAAGAUCCUGAAGAAGGACGUGGUGAUUCAAGAUGAUGACGUGGAAUGCACGAUGGUAGAGAAGCGGGUGCUGGCCCUGCCCGGGAAGCCGCCCUUCCUGACCCAGCUGCAUUCCUGCUUCCAGACCAUGGACCGCCUGUACUUUGUGAUGGAGUAUGUGAAUGGUGGCGACCUCAUGUACCACAUCCAACAAGUGGGCCGGUUCAAGGAACCUCACGCUGUAUUUUAUGCUGCAGAAAUUGCCAUCGGUCUGUUCUUCCUACAGAGCAAGGGCAUCAUUUACCGAGACCUGAAACUUGACAAUGUGAUGCUGGAUUCUGAGGGUCACAUCAAGAUCGCUGAUUUCGGCAUGUGUAAGGAAAACAUCUGGGACGGAGUGACAACCAAGACCUUCUGUGGCACUCCAGACUACAUCGCCCCUGAGAUAAUUGCUUAUCAGCCCUAUGGGAAGUCCGUGGAUUGGUGGGCAUUCGGAGUCCUGCUGUAUGAGAUGUUGGCUGGGCAGGCACCCUUUGAAGGGGAGGAUGAAGAUGAGCUCUUCCAGUCUAUCAUGGAACACAACGUGGCUUAUCCAAAGUCCAUGUCCAAGGAAGCUGUGGCCAUCUGCAAAGGGCUGAUGACCAAACAUCCGGGCAAACGUCUGGGUUGUGGACCUGAAGGUGAACGUGACAUCAAAGAGCACGCGUUUUUCCGGUAUAUUGACUGGGAGAAACUUGAACGCAAAGAGAUUCAACCCCCGUAUAAGCCGAAAGCCUGUGGGCGAAAUGCUGAAAACUUCGACCGGUUUUUCACCCGCCAUCCACCAGUCCUAACACCUCCUGACCAGGAAGUCAUCAGGAAUAUUGACCAAUCAGAAUUCGAAGGAUUUUCCUUUGUUAACUCUGAAUUUUUAAAACCUGAAGUCAAGAGCUAA